AUGAAGCUGAACGACGAAGAUGAAUCUGCAGGAGAAGUGGAAUCUCUCUGGGGAAAAAUGGAUCCCAAUUCCUUUGGAGAUCGCGCUACCAGGGGUAAACCCGUGAGAAAACGACCUCAAUAUCCUCUCAAGAGAAGGGAGAGCGUGCUUACUGAUACUGCGGACGACGUUGAUUAUCAGCCGAAGAGUAAAGAGAAUAAGGCGGUUUAUGAUGAAAUGUUUAGCAUAAUUCAAGAAGAAUUGGGUGAACCGUCUCCUGCUGUGGUUGGUGGUGCACUAGACCAGAUUUUGAAAAUCUUGCAGGAGGAAACCCUAGAAAACUCUGAAAAAGUGAAGGAAGUAACGAAGGUGUUGAAUCCAACAUCUGAUAAUGUUUCUGGUCAGCUACGAGAAUUGAUUCAACAAUUUCAGGAGGAAUCUGAUGAUGAAUUUCAGGAUGAUUAUGACAUCUUUUUGGAUGAAGAGGAUGAAGAACCUGGACAAGAGCAUUCGGAAAACAUGGACGAGGAGCCCAGGGUCCAGGGUCUGAAGGACAACACUGAUGGAGUUAUUCCUCCUAAAGAUUUAAGGGUUGGUUGGUGGAAUAGUCAGCCUCGGAUGAUAGAAUUGGAGAAGUUGGCUCUUGACCAAGGUGGUAGAUUUCACGGCAAGGAAUUAGAUGAGGCUUGGAGAAGUAAGCUUUUGACCAAGGUGUCAUGUGGCCCUAAACCGUUGGACAGUGAUGAGAAGCUUGUGGAUAUUAAGGGAUUCCAGAAGUUGAACUGUGUUCAGAGCCAAGUGUAUCAGACUGAUCGGUUCAAGGCAAAUAACAUUCUCCUUUGCGCUCCGCCCGGUACUGGGAGGACCAGUGUUGCUGCCGCUGUGCACACCAUAAUGCGGCAAAUUGAAUUGAACAAGGAUUCCAAGAUUGUCUAUGUUGCAGGCAUGAAUGCCUUAGCUUCUGAGGUUGUGCGUAAGUUUUCCGAUUGUCUAAAGGAUUAUCAAGCUACCCUACUUAGUGGAGAUCAGAUCCUUAGUGUGCAGGAAAUCCAGAAGGCUCAAAUAAUUGUUACAACUCCAGAGAAUUGGGAUAUAUUCACCAGGAAGCCUGAAAAUUUGACUUAUACUCAGCUUGUGAGACUUGUUAUCAUCGACGAUAUUCUUCUGUUUCAUCAUCCUACUCGAGGGCCUGUGCUUGAGGCUAUUGUUGCUAGAACUCGUAUGCAGAGAACGGACGUUCGUCUGGUGGGUUUAUCGCCAACACGACAAAGUUGUGCAGAUGUGGCCAGUUUUUUGCAGGUUGAUCUCAAGGAUGGGUUGUUCGAGUUUGACUGCAGCUACAGACCAGUUAAUCAUUUUGCAAUUAGCAGGCAAAAGCCAUUCCCAAGGUUCCAAUUGAUGAAUGAUGCAUGCUCUGAUAAAGUAUUGGCUGCUGUUGCUGCUGGAAACCAUCAGGUGCUUGUUUUUGUCCAUUCGAGGAAAGACGCAGCAAGAACUGCAAGAGCAAUACGGGACGCAGACGCCGUAUUGAAAAUUAACUCUAUAGAUGAGAAAAGUCGGAAGUUUAUUCAGGAUAAGAUUGGUAGUAUCGUGAGUGAUGACCUGAAAGAUCUUCUGCCUCAUGGUUUUGCACUUCUCCAUGCUGGAUUGACAAAGAAUGAUCGUCAAAUAGUUGAGAGAUUAUUUGAAGAGAAGCAUCUGACUGUGUUGAUAUCCACGAGAAGUGAAGUAUGGGGUAUGAAUUUGUCUGCAGACACCGUAGUUAUCAAAGGAACGGAAGAAUACAAUCCCGAGAAAGGGGCAUGGAUGGAGCUGAACUGUAUGGAGAUAAUGAGAAUGAUUGGUGUUGGACGAGGGUCUGGGUCUGGGUUUAUAAUUACGGGUGAAGGAAAGGCUGAUCAGGUACGCAUUGAAAGCCAGUUUAUAUCCAAACUUGCUGAUCAGCUUAAUGCUGAGAUUGUGCUUGGAACCGUUCAUAAUGCUAAAGAGGCUUUCGAUUGGCUUUCACAUACAUACUUGUAUUUCUGUAUGCUACGUAAUCCAAAGCUGUAUGGCCUUGCACAAGACAAAACAUUGGAGGGGAGAAUAGCUGACCUGGUGCAUUCUGCUGCCACUAUCUUGGACAAGAACAACAUGGUAAAGUAUGACAGGACAAGUGGAGACUUCCAGGCUACCGAGUUGGGACGCAUUGCUAGCUACUACUGCAUAACCCAUGGGACAAUAGCUACAUUCAAUAAGCAUUUGAAGCCAAAAAUGGGUCAUGUAGAGAUUUAUCGUCUGUUAUCACUGAGUGAGGAGCUCAAGUAUGUGGCUGUUAGACAAGAUGAGAGGAAGGAACUGGCGAAACUUUUGGCUGGUGAUGGUAUCCCGAAUCCGAUCGAGGAAGCGCUGGAGAGGCGCAGUGCCAAGAUUAGUGUUUUGCUGCAGGCAUAUAUAUCCCGGCUACAGGUUGAGAGUCUUUCUUUGUCAUCUGACAUGGUUUAUAUUGCUGAGAGUGCUGGACGUCUUGUACGAGCUCUUUUUGAGAUGGUCUUGAGGCAAGGAUGGGCUCAACUGGCUAAGAAAGCUCUUGAAAUGUCUAAAAUGAUCAGGAAGAGGAUGUGGAGUGAUCAGACGCCCCUUCACCAGUUCCAAAAACCGAGCCUUGAAACACUUAGUCUGCAGAGGACUUCUACCGGUAUGCAGGUCAAGCUCGGGGUUAUUGAAUUCCCAUGGGACGACGUGGUUGCUGAAGGAUUAUGGAUAUUUGUGGAAGACAGUGCUGGGCACAAGAUCCUUUGUCACAAGCACUUUAUUGCUGACAAGACGCGUAUGGAUAAAAAUCUUGUUCUGGACCUUCAUGUGCCUGACCUUUUGUUAUCCGAGUGUGUUCUCCUCCUCGUUUCAGACGCUAGGAUCGGCUCACAGAUCCAAAAGCAGCUUCCCCGGAAGCGGCUGAUAUCGGCGGCGACGACAUUCCGAGGGGCCGAGGCGUGGUACGGAUCUCUCCUCCCACUUGUUUUGAAAGCGAUCUGCUACUCUGCUCCAAUUCUGGUUUCUCUAUCCGGCGGCGGCGUACGGGAGGAUCCUAGAGGCGUGGAUCGACUUUUGUCCCACUUUGGUCGUAUCUUCCGGAGGUCACAGGUUUCCGGUUCAGGCGUUAGCAGUUCUAGGCGGUUAGGUCUCCGUGCGGCUUAUGGUGGUGGACGGUGGCUCAGUUUGCAGAGCCGGCGGCGGUGUCGACGGCUACUGUUUUCUAGGCUUAAGCGGUUGGCUAUACACAUAGCUCAAUUUUUCUCGCGUCUUCUUCACUAUCCUCCUGGUACCGGCGUCCCAAUGUCUGCUGCUUCUACUUCUUACUCGGCGAUUCCGUCGGAAAAAGGCUCGGCGAUUCCGUCGGAAAAAGGCUCGGCGAUUCCGUCGGAAAAAGGCCAGGGUGAGGAAGUGCCACCUGAGCACGUCAGGAAGAUCAUCUCGAUGAGGGAUCGUGAUUAUUUGGCAUCGGAAGAAAGACUCCGUCAAAAUCGUUUGUACAUUGGAGCUCUUAAGUUCGUACCUCGCGCAGCUUUUAAGCUCCUGGAGAAUAUGCCAAUGCCCUGGGAGGAGGUCCGGGAUGUGAAGGUUUUGUACCACCUCAAAGGAGCUGUUACAAUUGUGAACGAGACACCAUGGGUUGUGGAGCCGAUCUACAGAGCUCAGUGGGGUUCUAUGUUGAGAGUUAUGCAGACAGAUGAGAGGAAUCAUCAUCCUCGUUUCGAGAGGAUGAUGUUUCCACCAUUUGGGGACGACUCUCCUCCCAGUCUCUAUGCUGCUAAUUUGUUGGACGUGGAUCCUCCUGAGCCACUUCAGUUAGAACUAAAUUCAGAUGAACUACAGCCUUACCUGAAUAGAGAACUGACCAAUGGUCCCAGUAGCCGGAUGUGGAAACUCUCAGCUGAAACUAUGGCAAACCUUCACAAGCUUGCAGGCUGCCUUAAGGUUGAUAUGAAGGAAGGGGAAAAAGCUGAGAAUGGCUUUGUGUCUGGGAUGACGAGUCCGGCUGACGAUAUACCCCUUUGUUUUCAGCAGCGCUACCCACAGAACGUUCAGAAGGAUGGGGACUCGGUCCAAUUUCUUGCAUCUUCCAAGGCUUUCGAGAGAACCACACUGGAUUGGGUUGAAGUGGGUUUGCAAGUCUGCCAGCAGGGCUACCACAUGUUGAACCUGCUUACUCACAAAAAGAAGUUGGAUCGUAACUUCAGCCUCAUGUCUGUAAAAAGGCAUAACACCAACGAGCAGGAAACGUUAUCUUCUGAAUCCGGUUUCCAUCUCUGCCGUGAAAUCCUGCAACUGACGAAACUUGUAGUCGACGCACAUGUCCAAUUCCGACUUGGUAGAAUUAGUGCUUUCCAGUUGGCUGAUGGCCUGCAAUAUAUUUUCUCCAAUGGUGGCCAGUUGACAGGAACGUCAGGAAAGUUGCAGGUCUGUGUUGUUGCAGGAACGUCAGGGAAGUUGCAGGAAGGUGAUGUUCCAUAUAUCACUACGGAGGAGGCAGAGAAAAUCUGUACAACUGCUGCUGAUUGGCUGAAAUCAAGGCAACAGGAGACCAUUCCUUUCCCAGUUACUUCCCAAAAUAACAUAGAGCUUCUCAGGCUGGCUAUUGACGGAUUGAAAAAAUCUUAUACAUCAGCUGAGGAGCUUAGUGUAAUCCAAAAGUACUCUGACAACAUUGGUUAUGCUAUGGAACGCAUACAGAAGUUGUUCUUGGGCAUAAAGAGCAAGGAUCUAAAUAGCUUGGACAAGAAGAUUGCUGAUGGAUUAAACCUUCAGACUCAGAGCCACCGCCCCUUCUGGUUUAUCAAUGGUGUCAAGAUGUUAAAGAGGCUCCUUCGUCUGGUUAUGAACCCGAGUAUUGCAGACUAUGUGGUUCUGAGUAUGAGUCACAAUCUCAUAAAGGGGCUUCCAUUCGCCUCCUUUGUGCUUCAGUAUUAUGGUUUGGCUUUGGAUCUCUUAGUUCUUGGUGUGGAUCGAGCCAGUGAGAUUGCCGGCACUCCGCAGAUGUCUAACGAGUUUCUGACCGAGACGCACCAUCGCAUAAGACUGUAUUGUCGUUAUAUAGACAAAGUCCAUGUCAUAUUGAAGUUUACCAAGGACGAGGCUCAGACUCUUAUUCAAAAUUACCUUGCAGAUCCUAACAAUGAAAAUGUGGUGAGCUUGACGGAACAUGAUGACAAUCUUGGUAAAAGUGUCUUCUGGGAUAUGAAGAACCGUCUUCCUCAGAGCGUCACAACCUUGAAGUGGGAGAAUAGUUUCGUCUCUGUGUACAGCAGCAAGAACCCUAAUCUGCUUUUCAGCAUGUGUGGAUUUGAAGUCCGCAUAGUUCCAAAAUCCAGGAUGACCAUAGAAGAUUCAAAAAACACAGGAGAUGGUGCCUGGAAUCUGCAGGAUGAACAGACUAAAGAGACGACUGCAGUUGCUUUUCUGCAGGUUGAUGAUGAACAUAUGAAGUUGUUUGAGAAUAGUGUGCGUCAAAUUCUUAUGUCGACCACAUUUAUCAAAACCGUCGAUGAAUGGAAUACGGUUUUGAUAGGUUUGGUGGCUUACUUCCGUGAAGCAAUUUUGAAUUCGAAAGGGCUCUUGGACCUCAUGGCUCACUCUGAAGAUAAAAUCCAGAAAAGUAUUCAGAGAGAGUUGAGUCCAAGGAUGCUUAGUCGACUUCCUCCGAUAAUCUUCUACACUCCUAGAGAAAUUGGAGGGCUUGGAAUGCUGUCCAUGGGUCAUAUUGUGAUCCCGGAAAGUGAUACGAGCCAGCAAAAGAAGCAGUUGAUUCCUAGUCUUUACCGUUACAUAAAUCCAUGGAAAAGGGAGUUUGUGGAUUCACAGCAGGUAUGGGAAGACAUUGCUUUGCAGAGGCAUGAAGCAAAAGCCCAACAUAAGCAUCUUUCUUUGGUGGAUCUGGAGGACUCAUGGGACAGGGGAGUCCCACGUAUUAACACGCUGUUUCAGAAGGAUAGGCACACGUUAGCAUAUGAUAAAGGUUGGAGGAUCCGUGCGCUCUUCAAUCAGUACCGAGUCGUGAAACGAAAUCCUUUAUGGUGGACGCAAGAGACCCACGAUGGUAAGCUGUGGAACUUAAACAAAUACGGAAGUGAUGUGAUGCAUGCUUUUGGAGGUUCACAACAAGUUUUGGAACGCACCAUCUUCAAAGGAUUGGGUUUAGCGACGUGGAAUGAUAAGUUCUUUGAAGAGUUAUCUGAUAUGGAAAUGUGGAAGACAAGGUUUUGUCUUUGGUGGUCCCCGACCAUCAACCGCGAGAGCAUAUCAGUUGGUAUAUUCAGUCUUCCAUAUAUGACUGGACCAGUUAUUCACAGCGAGGCGUUUCCAUAUCUUGAGUCCGCCGUAUUAAAUGUCUUCAAGGGUCAGUCAUGGAGAUCAGUUUUUGUAGAUUUGGUGUUCUAUCUACAGAAUUCACUGAAGACAGCUCACCGCUGCUGUUAA